CGGGCCGGGCCGGGCCGGGCCGGUGGCGGUGCCGUAACCCCGGACGAUGCUGUUCUCCCUGCGCGAGCUCGUGCAGUGGCUCGGCUUCGCCACCUUCGAGAUCUUCCUGCACGGGCUGGCCCUGCUCGCCUUCUCCGUGCUGCUUGUGCUCAAGGUGGACGGCGCGGCCGCCGCGCUCUCCUGGUGGAUCGUGUUCGUGCCCUUCUUCGCCGCCGACGGGCUCAGCACCUACUUCACCACCAUCGUGUCCGUGCGGCUGUUCCAGGACGGCGAGAAGCGCCUGGCAGUGCUGCGGCUCUUCUGGAUCCUCACCAUCCUCAGCCUCAAGUUCGUGUUCGAGAUGCUGCUGUGCCAGAAGCUGGUGGAGCACACGCGGGAGCUCUGGUACGGGCUCAUCAUGUCGCCCGUCUUCAUCCUGCUCCAGCUGCUCAUGAUCCGGGCCUGCCGCGUGAACUGAGCCCCGGCCCAGGGGGACAUGCCCGGCGCACCCGGGGGCGCUCCUGGGGCCGCUCCCGUCGCCGUUCCCGUGCGGAGGGGCAGGUGACAGGCUGGGACAGGGGCAGUGCCCCGGCUCGCGGCAGUGUUGCAGAGCAUCACGUUUCUCCAAAAGCUGCACAUCCCUGUUUGUGCUCCCUCAGCUCCUGCAUUGUCCUGUGCCGCGAGCGCCGCUGGGCGUGACAGUUAUUUUAUUUUAGAAUAAAAAUGUGUUGAAGGAUUUGGUUUAUUUAUAAAAUUCUUCUUGCCUAGAAAGCAGUUGUACCUAAAACUGCUGCCUGGAGGGUGGAGGGUUGCUGUAGAUCUCCUGGUACAGCCCAGAUUCCUGCUUCCCUGCCCUUCCCAGCAGCUAGCUCAUGGAUUUCCAUCUGUCCCCUUUCCUUCCUGAGCACUUCAUACCUUCAGUGUGCUGACAGGGUUUUGUAAGGUAUGUUGAGAUCACUGAUAUGUGUAUUUUUGAACAGGAAUAUGAAUUUU